CGCGGAGCGCGGUCCCGCGCGGCGGCGGCGGCUGAAGGAGCGAGCGGAGCGGAGCUGCCGGCGGGGUGCGGAGCGGCUUCUCGCGCGGCGCCCGGAGGCAGCAUGCGGACGGCGGAGCUCCGGAGCCUCGGUAUUUUUAUGGCCUCUGUCACAGUGGUGUCUCAGUGUCUUCCAGGCAUUUAUGGAUUUAUUCUGAGAACGUUCCUGUGAGGAGUAAGUCUGUGUCUGUAACACUGGAUGUACUGACCACUUGCCUCAGACUGAAGAGGACUUGCUCUGUUUUGGAAUAUGGUGCCUAACUUCUGCAUCCCAGUACUCACUGUGCCAGCAGCCAUCCUCUGCUGCUUGAUGCUGCCUUUAGCAGGAGCGGACAGCAAGCCAACGUUUAUGAAGGCUCCUGAAGAUCAGAUUGGGAUUUCUGGAGGAGUGGCCUCUUUUGUGUGUCAGGCAACAGGAGAGCCCAAACCUCGUAUCACGUGGAUGAAGAAGGGGAAGAAAGUCAGUUCUCAGCGGUUUGAGGUGAUCGAGUUCGAUGAUGGCUCGGGGUCGGUUCUGCGGAUCCAGCCCCUGCGUGUCCAUCGGGAUGAGGCCAUCUAUGAGUGCACAGCCACCAACAGCGUGGGGGAGAUAAACACCAGUGCCAAGUUAACAGUGUUAGAAGAAGACCACCUCCCGGCUGGCUUCCCCACCAUCGACAUGGGCCCGCAGCUGAAGGUGGUGGAGAAGGCCCGCACGGCCACCAUGCUCUGUGCUGCCAGUGGGAACCCUGACCCCGAAAUCUCCUGGUUCAAGGACUUCCUGCCCGUGGACACUGCCACCAGCAAUGGGCGAAUCAAGCAGCUCCGCUCGGGUGGUACACCGAUCAGAGGAGCCCUGCAAAUAGAGAACAGUGAGGAGUCAGACCAAGGCAAAUACGAAUGUGUUGCAACCAACAGUGCAGGAACCCGCUACUCUGCCCCAGCCAACCUUUAUGUUCGAGUGCGGCGUGUUGCUCCUCGAUUCUCUAUCCCUCCGAGCAACCACGAGGUGAUGCCUGGGGGGAGCGUGAACCUCACCUGCGUGGCAGUAGGUGCUCCAAUGCCCUAUGUGAAGUGGAUGGCUGGUGUGGAGGAGCUGACCAAAGAAGAUGAGAUGCCCGUCGGUAGGAACGUCCUGGAGCUCAAUAACAUCAUGCAGUCUGCCAACUACACCUGCGUGGCCAUCUCUUCCCUUGGCAUGAUCGAAGCCACAGCCCAGAUCACUGUCAAAGCCCUGCCAAAACCUCCAACAGAGCCAUUAGUGACUGAAACAACAGCUACCAGCGUGACCCUCACCUGGGAUUCAGGCAACUCUGACCCCAUUUCAUAUUACGUCAUCCAGUACAAGCCCAAAUCCCUGGAGGGCCAGUUCCAGGAGGUGGAUGGUGUGGCAACCACCCGCUACAGCAUAGGUGGGCUCAGCCCCUUCUCCGAGUACGAGUUCCGGGUCAUCGCAGUCAACAACAUCGGCAGGGGUCCCCCCAGCGAGCUGGUCGAGGCCAGGACAGGAGAGCAAGCUCCUUCAAGUCCACCCCUCAAAGUGCAGGCACGGAUGCUGAGUGCCAGCACCAUGCUGGUGCAGUGGGAGCAGCCGGAGGAGCCCAAUGGGCAGAUCCGAGGGUACCGCGUAUACUACACCACGGACCCGCACCUGCCUUUGAGCAUGUGGCAGAAGCACAACACUGAUGACAGCCACCUCACCACCGUGGGCAGCCUCAUCACAGGCACCACCUACAGCAUCCGUGUCCUGGCCUUCACUUCGGUGGGCGACGGGCCCCCUUCGGACAUCAUCCAGGUCAAAACUCAGCAAGGGGUUCCUGCCCAGCCAGCUGACUUCCAGGCAGAAGCAGAGUCUGAUACCCGCAUCCUGUUGACAUGGCUGCCCGCCUCUCAGGAACGCAUUACUAAAUAUGAGCUGCUGUACUGGGAAGGGGAGGACGGCACUCAGUGGUGUGCAGGAACAAUAGGAACAUGGCAUUCUGGUUUCUGCCAAAAGGUGGAGUUUGACCCAACCUCCUCCUAUGCGGUGGAAGGUCUCAAACCAGACACGUUGUAUAAGUUCCGUCUGGGUGCCCGAUCAGAGCUGGGGGUAGGAGUUUACACCCCCACGGUGGAAGCCAGAACUGCCCAAUCCACCCCCUCCGCCCCACCCCAAGAGGUCGAAUGUGUAAGCACCAGCUCCACCACCAUCCGGGUAAGUUGGGUGCCACCGCCCGCCCAGAGCCGCAAUGGGCUCAUCACCCAGUACUCCAUUGCCUACCAGGCAGUGGAAGGAGAUGACAACACCAAGCAUGUGGUGGAUGGCAUUGGACGGGAGCACUCCAGCUGGGAGAUCAAGGACCUGGAGAAAUGGACAGAGUACAAGGUGUGGGUAAGGGCUCACACCGAUGUGGGGCCGGGACCGGAGAGCAUCCCCGUGCACGUGCGCACUGACGAGGAUGUGCCCAGCGCCCCGCCGCGAAAGGUGGAGGUGGAGUCUGUGAACUCGACCGCCAUCCGGGUGAGCUGGAAGCUGCCCAUCUCCAACAAGCAGCACGGGCAGAUCCGCGGCUAUCAGGUUACCUACGUGAAGCUGGAAAACAACGAGCCCCGAGGGCAGCCAGUGAUCAAGGACGUCAUGCUGUCAGAAGCACAGUGGAGAGCUGAGGACUCCGUCGACCAUGAGACAGUCAUUGGAGGCCUGCUGCCAGAAACCACCUACUCCGUCACAGUUGCUGCCUACACCACCAAAGGAGAUGGUGCCCGCAGCAAGCCCAAAGUCAUCACCACCACAGGGGCAGUCCCGGGGAAGCCCACCAUGAUGAUUAGCACGACAGCCAUGAACACAGCCCUCAUCCAGUGGCACCCACCCAAGGAGAUGGUAGGGGAGCUGCUGGGUUACCGGCUGCAGUACAGACGUCUGGAUGAGGAAAAAAUGAACACAAUAGACUUCGGGAAGAGAGACCAUCACUACACAGUGACCAACCUGCACAAGGGGGCCACGUACCUCUUCAAGCUGUCUGCCAAGAACAGAGCUGGCCCAGGAGAGGAGUUUGAGAAGGAGAUCACAACUGCCGAAGAUGUGCCGAGCGGCUUCCCGCAGAACCUGCGUGUGGUGGGUCUCACCACAUCCACCACAGAAGUUGCCUGGGACCCCCCGGUCUUGGCAGAAAGGAACGGCAAGAUCGUCAACUACACAGUGGUAUACAGGGACAUAAAUAGCCAGCAGGACCUGGCUAACAUCACCAAGGACACGAGUAUCACUUUGACAAAUUUGAAACCUGAUACCACUUACGACAUCAAAGUGAGGGCCCGCACCAAUAAGGGGGCUGGGCCACUCAGCCCCAGCAUCCAGUCCCGGACCAUGCCUGUAGAGCAAGUGUUUGCUAAGAACUUCCGUGUCAAUGCCGUCAUGAAAACAUCUGUGUUGCUGAGCUGGGAAGUGCCUGACUCCUAUAAAUCUGCAGUGCCUUUUAAGAUUCUCUACAAUAGCCAGAGUGUGGAGGUGGAUGGCCACUCGAUGAAGAAGCUCAUAAGUGACCUCCAGCCAGACACAGACUAUUCCUUUGUGCUAAUGAACCGUGGGAGCAGUGCAGGGGGGCUCCAGCACCUCGUCUCAAUCCGCACUGCUCCUGAUGUCCUGCAAAGCAAACCCAUCGCCACAAACAAGUACAUACAGGAAGGAAAAUUCACACUAACUCUUCCCAAAGUGCAGACCACUGUGCCAGUUCGGUGGUACUACAUCGUGGUUGUGCCAGCAGACCAGAGCACCAGCACCCUGACUGCUCGGUGGCGGACGCCUGAUGAGAUGGAGCUGGACCAGCUGCUGGAGGCCAUCAGCCAGGGGAGCCAGAGCAGGCGGCAGCGGCGCCAGGCAGACAGACUGAAGCCCUACAUUGCUGCUCAAGUGGAUGUGCUGCCUGAGACCUUCACCCUGGGGGAUGAGAAGAACUACAAAGGUUUCUACAACAAGCCUCUGUCCCAGGACCUGAGCUAUCGCUGCUUCGUGCUGGCCUCGCUGGAGGAUGGGGACACGAAGAGAUAUGCAGCCAGCCCCUACUCGGAUGAGAUCGUGAUGGAAGUGGCAUCAGCGAAGCAGCAGGAUGAGCCAGAGAUGCUGUGGGUGAUGGGACCCGUCCUGGCUGUGAUAUUGAUCAUCAUCAUUGUCAUUGCCAUCCUUCUCUUCAAAAGGAAAAGGGCACAUUCCCCCUCUUCCAAGGAUGAGCACUCCAUCGGCCUGAAGGACUCACUCUUGGCCCACUCAUCUGACCCAGUUGAGAUGAGGCGGCUCAACUACCAGACUCCAGGUGCCAGUGUCCCCUGUUGCCCGAAUAUCUCAAGCAUGCGUGACCACCCCCCCAUCCCCGUGAGCGACCUGGCUGACAACAUCGAGCGCCUCAAGGCCAACGAUGGGCUGAAGUUCUCCCAGGAGUACGAGUCCAUUGAUCCUGGGCAGCAGUUCACCUGGGAGAACUCCAACCUGGAAGUGAAUAAACCGAAAAACCGCUAUGCAAAUGUGAUCGCCUAUGACCACUCGCGUGUCAUCCUGACUUCCAUCGAUGGGGUCCCAGGCAGUGAUUACAUCAAUGCCAAUUACAUCGAUGGCUAUCGGAAGCAGAACGCCUACAUCGCCACACAGGGACCGCUGCCAGAAACCCUCAGCGACUUCUGGAGGAUGGUGUGGGAACAGAGAACAGCAACUAUAGUCAUGAUGACCAGGCUGGAGGAGAAGUCCAGGGUAAAGUGUGACCAGUACUGGCCGAGCCGGGGCACAGAAACCUAUGGGAUGAUCCAGGUGGUCCUGCUGGAUACAGUGGAGCUGGCGACCUACACCGUGCGCACCUUCGCGCUGUACAAGAAUGGCUCCAAUGAGAAGACAGAGCUGCGGCAGUUCCAGUUCAUGGCUUGGCCCGACCACGGGGUGCCAGAAUACCCCACCCCAAUCCUCGCUUUCCUGCGGCGGGUCAAGGCCUGCAACCCAACAGAUGCUGGGCCCAUGGUUGUCCACUGCAGUGCUGGCGUAGGCCGAACCGGCUGCUUCAUUGUCAUCGAUGCCAUGCUGGAGCGGAUGAAGCACGAGAAGACCGUGGACAUCUACGGGCACGUGACGUGCAUGCGCUCCCAGCGCAACUACAUGGUGCAGACAGAGGACCAGUACAUCUUCAUCCACGAGGCCUUGCUGGAGGCCGCCACGUGCGGCAACACCGAGGUGCCCGCGCGCAACCUCUUCGCCCACAUCCAGAAGCUGACCCAGGUGCCACCAGGCGAGAGCGUCACUGAAAUGGAGCUGGAAUUCAAGCUGCUGGCCAAUUCUAAAGCACAUACCUCACGUUUCAUCAGUGCCAACCUCCCUUGCAACAAAUUCAAGAACCGCCUCGUGAACAUCAUGCCGUAUGAGCUGACAAGAGUCUGCCUGCAGCCCAUCCGCGGCGUCGAGGGCUCUGACUACAUCAAUGCCAGCUUCAUAGAUGGCUACAGGCAGCAGAAGGCCUACAUUGCCACACAGGGACCACUGGCCGAGACCACAGAGGAUUUCUGGCGGAUGCUCUGGGAGCACGACUCCACCAUCGUGGUGAUGUUGACAAAGCUGCGUGAGAUGGGCCGGGAGAAGUGCCAUCAGUACUGGCCUGCAGAGCGCUCUGCCCGGUACCAGUACUUUGUGGUGGACCCCAUGGCAGAGUACAACAUGCCACAGUACAUCCUCCGGGAGUUCAAGGUGACGGAUGCCAGGGAUGGCCAGUCACGGACCAUCCGCCAGUUCCAGUUCACAGACUGGCCUGAACAGGGAGUGCCAAAGACAGGAGAGGGCUUCAUCGACUUCAUUGGGCAGGUGCACAAGACCAAGGAGCAGUUUGGGCAGGAUGGGCCCAUCACAGUGCACUGCAGUGCCGGGGUUGGGCGCACGGGCGUGUUCAUCACACUCAGCAUUGUGCUGGAGAGGAUGCGCUACGAGGGCGUGGUGGACAUGUUCCAGAUGGUGAAGACCUUGCGGACGCAGCGGCCGGCCAUGGUGCAGACAGAGGACCAGUACCAGCUGUGCUACAGAGCCGCACUGGAGUACCUUGGCAGCUUCGACCACUAUGCAACGUAACAGUGCUUUCCUCCAGUCGCGGUGGGGAUGUCUAGGAGUGGAGACGGGUCCCUGUGAGCCAGAGCCGCCCAUUCCUCAGUCCUUCUGUACAGGUGGAGGUACUGCCCAGGCCGCAGGCCUCCACGCCAACCAGUUCUGACCACGGCAUUUAGGAACUUAGCCCCAGCGCCAAAUGAGGGAAUCCGACUCCAAAAGCAUUUCCAGUCUCUGGCUGAAUUUCUGCUCAUGUGCAUCUCUCACCCUCUCUCAUGCCGACUGCAUUUCACAGCAAGGCUUUAGGUGGGUGGAAUGGGAUCUUUUUUUUAAACAUGUAAAAUAGUUACUAGUGGUUUUUAUAAUCUUCUCUCUCUUUAUUUUUUAUUUUUUGCAAGUCUUAAUGUUUUGCCCAAGCAGAACUGGACCCGCCAAACCUUUGGGAGUUGGGUUUUGUUUUUUUAAUUUCCUUUUGCUUUUACAUUUUUUACUGCCCUGUGUUUAUUUCAGCCCAGUCACUGCUGGUUCUGCCCAUUUUAGUGCAGCUUCCUUGGUAAUUCGCAGCAGCUGGCUUGUGGUUCCUGCCCAUCUACAUUCCCCAUAGGCUUUUUAAUCCUCUGUAGAAUAUGAAAUUUCAUGGAACUGGACCUAAGCUACCAAUUAUUUUUUUAGUCUUCUCCCUCCCCCCCCAUUAUUUCCUUAGUAGGUUUGGGUUUGGGAGGGCCAUAUAGGGUCGCUGGAGAAGCGUCCCUUUGUCAGCUGGAAACUGUUCAGUCCUAUUACAAUACGUGUUCAACCAAUCCAGUGACCGUGUGUAUUGGCAGAUCCUGAUAUGACGUGAGUUGUCGUCGCCUUGUUUGUAAGAGACCCGAAAUCCCGGGCUCCAGGCAUUGGAACCUCUUUUUGUGUGUCUUGCUGGAAAGGGGGCAGGAGUAGUGAGGGGGUCCCACAGUUCCCCAGGGAGGGGAUGGAAAGAGCAAGACACGGCCCUUUGUGUUAACCCCACGGUUCUGUGCGUGCAAGCGCCAUCCUGUCACCUCUCACCAGUGGAGUGCGUCAGAGCAUUGACAAAGGCAAGGAGCACAAGCCCAGCUGAUCCACAGCAGAGCUGGACCAUCUCGCUUUGGAAGCAGGGUACUGCAGGGAAGGGGAGGGGAGUACACAUGGCUUCAGAGGUUGGGUGUAUCUAUAAUUUCUGCUAUCCUGCAAAUGUUAAGAGUCACUAGAAUAUUGUACUUUCCGCUACUUCAGGAUGUUCUAAUGAACCAAUGUGGCAAGACUACUGGACUUAAUUUAAUGGUACUAUAUAUUAAUACUCCUUAUUAUAUCACGCUUGCACUAAAGAUGGGGAGUGAGCAGCCCUCUUUUGAGUGCAUUGAGUUAUGAAUAAAGGUGGUGGAAGGGUAUCUAAUUGUAUUAUCACAUGUAUUCCGAAUGUUAAGAAUCCAAGCUACGUUGAAAUCAGCAAUCCAGGGUUGGUAAUGUUGGAGGACACAUUCAUUUUUACCUUGUGGAUGCAUAGUGCUGUAGGGGUCACUGUUGUAUACAGUCUGUUUUCUAUUUGUUAAUAAAAAAAUCUACAGCAUCAUUGCAUAAUUCUUGAUGUUAAUAAAUUUGAAUAAUUGGGUUUCAUACAA